AUGGACGUCCUUUCGACUAGCACUCCCAACGGGGACCCCGGUCCUACGGCGAUAUUGGAGCCCGUGGAUCCCCUCGAAGUCCUCGAACACAUCGCCAACCUGAUUGAGACUACACUGGGUGCUGCCAGAAGAGAGCUCGAAGCCGUUGGCAGCCUUUUGUCGAAAGCCAGUCGUCCCGAGUCCCUCCAUAAAUGUGCUCGAUUUGCUGUCGAUCCUCAGACUACUCUCUAUGCGCAGAAGGAUGUACGAGAAGAACUGGUUAAUGGUCAUGAUGAUACUCCAAAAAUCGAGCAUCUCUAUACCCUCUCAUCCGAGUUGUCACCUGCACAGACGACCGUUGCCACAAUUGCUUUUUUGAAACUCUCUGGACCCCUUGAUGGACGAAAAUCGAUUGCCAGUCAGAUUCAAGUCUUUAAUCUCCCCGGCUCCUACAAUAUUGGAGGUGAACCAAACAACGACGGAGAUGUUGUCUCACCCUACGAAGUAGUCUACUCACUUCUGCACAACGUUCUGAGCCCAUACUUCGAGGCGUAUACCCGACAACAUGGCUCAACAAACCGGAAUUGGUAUGAUCCUCAGGCAAAAGGCGGGAUUCCCGGUGCGAAGAGAAGAAUUGCGGAACUGGAAAUGAGCCUGCUGCACCUGCAACAAAACACGGAUAUUCCGAUGAUACACCUGCCCAUGCACGAAGUGGUCAUGGGAGCCUUACAAAAUGCCGAAGCCCAAGGAAUAUCACCUUCUGUGCAAUUGAUUCCGGCCCACGUCCUCGAGAAUACUACCGUUCUGAACAGUAUCCAAAACCAUGUUAUUGGGUGGAUCAAGUCAAUCCAGAAUAUCACCAAACUGACCAGGGAUGUCAAGGAUGCAACCCCGACACAGACCUCUGCGGCGCAGGAGAUCAAUUUCUGGCUGUCUCUGGAAGCCUCAUUGAACAAAUUAGUGGAAGAAAUAAGUCUCGACCACGUCCGUUUGACGUUGGAGAUUCUGAAGAAGGCGAAGCGGCAGCAGGCGGUCGUAAGUUUUGAAACCGACACCGGCUGGAGAGACGCCUUGGAAGUCGUGCGGAACUACAACACUCUCAUGAGAGACUUCCCCCUGGACGAAUUGUCUUCUGCAACAUCUCUGCAAAAACUGGCAGAAGCUCUUGUCCUGAUCUUCAAUCACCUGAACAAGAAAUGGAGGGUAUGCAACUAUCCCAUUCGCCGAGCGCUCAGGCUCGUGGAGGGUAUCUCGGAGGACAUGAACACUCAAAUUCUUCGUCUGCUCCAAGGCCGCUCGAUCAUGUCCCUCAGCUGGGAUGAAUUUACUGACCUGAUGAACUCGGUCAAUCUGGUCUGGGAGACUUGGGAUGAUCAAAUGAAAAGUUUCACUGCCGUUGCUCGGGAAAUCACAAGACGCAAAAACACCGAUUUCGUGCCCGUAAAGAUAAUUCCUAAACACGCCCAAACUCAGGAGCGACUGCGCUACGUCUACCGCUUCCGAAACGACCACGAACAACUGCGCCGGACGAUUAUCAAUGUGCUUGGAUCCAAGGCUCAUGCGGCUGACUCGACCCGACCAGCGGAUGAUAGCGGAGCUGCAAUCAUUGAGGAGCUGGGAGAUGUUGAUGCCGUCGAGGAAGUCGCUGGUGCCUAUGACAUUGUCCGCCAUGUGGAUGUGCUAGAUGUAUCCCCGAAGGGAACGGAGAUUUGGGUCCAGGCUGAGAUGCAAUAUACCGAACGGACCUCUCGGGUUGAGGACUCGAUCAUCACAAGGUUAAGAGAUCGCUUGGGCAAAGCGAAGACGGCAAACGAGAUGUUUCGAGUUUUUGAAAAGUUCAACGCGUUACUGGUCCGACCGAAAGUUCGAGGAGCCAUCGCAGCGUAUCAAACUCAGCUCCUGGACAAUGUCAAAAACGCGAUUGCCUCCCUCCACGAAAGAUUUAAACAACAGUAUGGGGGCUCCGAAGCACAGAUGAUGGCUCAACUUCGCGAUAUCCCUCCUGUGGCGGGUGCCAUUCUCUGGGUCCGUCAAAUCGAAGCACAGUUGAAUAAUUAUAUGUCCAAGGUCCAAGCAGUCCUGGGAGAAGACUGGAUGCUGCAUACAGACGGAGAGAAGCUAGAAGCUGAGAGCAAUCUGUUUCGAAAGAAGCUCACAACCAGAGACAUCUAUGAAGCAUGGCUUCGGGAUGUUCUGGCAAGGGACAUCUCCGUUACUGGAAGGCUGUUCUCUAUCUCCCGGAGCCGUACGGCAAACGGCGCCAUGGAGCUCAUUGUGAACUUUGACAACCAUGCCAUUUCUCUGUUCAAGGAAGUCAGAAAUCUGAGUUGGCUGAACUACCAAAUCCCGCACCGGAUAGCAACAACGGCAAAACAAGCUCAACGUGUGUAUCCAUACGCCUUGAGUCUUAUGGAGAGUGUUGCAGGAUACUUUUCUGCUGUUCGAUCCAUUCAGGAAAUGCCCAACACAGCACCGCUGAUGGCGGGCUACGAAAAGGAAGUGCAAAGCCUCUUCGCCACCGGCAUCAAGCUGAAAUGGGACUCUUUCAUACAUUCCUACGAACUGCACAUCAAAGGAAAAGCCACUACCAAUGAUUCGGCACAUGUGCAGUACGUUCGUGACUUGGCUACGGCGGUUACAACCCUGCAAAGCAAGACCGCGACGGUACGAAGCCUUGAUCAAAACAUCCAAGUCGCUCUUUCUGAGAUGAAGAGCUGUCCUUAUACUGCUAAGAAUUUCCAGGCUCAAAUGGACAUUGUCCAGAAUGCUGUGGACAAGAUGAACUUAGAGAACUACUCGAAUCUCUCUACAUGGGUAUCUCAAUUAAACUCGCAAUUGCGCCACAUUUUUGAGGAACGAUUACGAGCUGCUCUGAAGUACUGGAUCACGUCUUUCACCUCCACGGAUGAACAAUACCCAGCCUCAGAAGAGUCGAUGCACCAUGUUCAGUUUCCCCUUACGCAAAUCGAGAUAAUGAUGAACAAUCAAACAGUUUUCGUCGACCCUCCUCUCAACUUCGUCAGGGCAUCGUGGGUACUUCAGCUGGAAGAUUGGCUGGAGGUCUUGUGCCAUUUGCCACAGGUCAGAGCUUCUCGAUACUCGGUGAUUGCGGAUAUUGGGUCACCACAGGCGACACCUUCAUUCACAGAUCUACCGUUGCAGAAUGUUGAGGUGCUGCAAGCUGCCUACAACGCCAUUGAUACUAGGAUCGAAAAUAUGGCCGUCUACCUAGAGGAGUGGUACACCUAUCAGAAUUUGUGGGAUCUCCGGAGCGAUCAAUUACAUGAAACCCUUGGUGACGAUCUCGCCCAAUGGCACCAGCUACUACAGGAAGUUCGCCAUGCGCGUUCAACCUUUGACACCUCUGAGGGGCGCAAGAGCUUCGGCAGCGUCGUCUUCGAUUAUGAGCAGGUCCAAUCGAAGAUCACACAGAAAUAUGAUCAAUGGCAAUAUGAGAUAACCAGCAAGUUUGGUGGUAUCCUUGGCAAUCGCAUGGCAGAAGUGUACACUGAUAUGAAACGAUCGCGCCUCGAGCUCGAAAAUCACUCUCUUGAAGCGUCAUCCACGGCGCAAGCGGUUGCAUUCAUCACCAUUGUCCAACAAUGCAGACGAAAUGCCAUGAUAUGGGGUCCCGAAGUCGAGAUCUUUAGGCAAGGCCAGACGACUCUGUCAAGGCAGCGGUACAACUUUGCUAGUGACUGGCUGUCUGCAAACCAACUGAGCGACGAAUGGGAUGCUUUCGAGGAGAUACUGAAUCGCAAAAGCAAGGUUGUUGAAGAUCAGACGGAUGCGCUGCGGGCCAAUAUCAUUGCCGAAGAUCGCCUUAUUGCCAGCCGCAUCGCUGAUGUGGUUGCUCAGUGGACAGAGGAGAAGCCCGUUUCUGGGACCAUUCCACCUGGAGAAGCUGCUGAGCUCUUGCGUGUGUACCAAGCACGUAUGGAGAAGUUGCAAGCCGAAGCCGAAACGGUCUCGCGAGCGAAGGAAGCCCUUGCAUUGCCAUCUACCCGGGAUGACUCUCUGACUGCUGCCUUGGAGGAGGUAAGCGAUUUCAAAUCCGUCUGGUCCAACCUGUCCACGAUAUGGGAAAGCAUCAACGAACUCCGUGAUAUGUUGUGGACCAGUUUACAACCACGAAAGCUUCGUCAAUCAUUAGAUGGUUUGGUGAAGAUGACGAAAGAGAUGCCAAGUCGAAUGCGGCAGUAUGCAGCUUUCGAGCAUGUCCAGACAGUUCUGCGCCAACUGAUCAAGGCCAAUCCACUUCUAAACGACCUCAAGUCUGAUGCCAUUCGGGAAAGACAUUGGCUGAAGAUUUACAAAGCCUUGAAGCCCAGCAAGAGAUAUUCCGAGGUCUCGAUGACUUUGGGUGAUGUCUGGGAUCUUCAGUUGAUCACCAGUGAAGCAACUAUCAGAGAUAUUAUUGCCCAGGCAAGGGGAGAGCUGGCCCUCGAAGAGUUCGUCAGACAAGUCCGGGAGACUUGGCAAAGCUAUCCACUUGAUCUGGUAAACUAUCAGAACAAGUGCCGAUUGAUUCGGGGCUGGGAUGAUCUUUUCUCCAAAUGCAGCGAGAACCUGAACUCCCUCCAGGCUAUGCGACACUCUCCGUAUUACAAAGAGUUUGAGGAAGAAGCCUCGUCUUGGGAAGACAAACUAAAUCGCGUCCAUGUUCUUUUCGAUAUCUGGAUUGACGUUCAAAGGCAAUGGGUCUACUUGGAAGGCGUCUUUACUGGCAACAACGAUAUCAAGCAUCUUCUGCCCACCGAGUCCAGCAGGUUCUCGAACAUCAACACUGAAUUUUCCGCAGUCAUGAAGAAGGUUUAUAAAUCUCCCUUUGUCAUGGACGUCCUCGCCAUUCCUGGAGUGCAGAAGUCUCUGGAACGGCUGGCAGAACUCUUGAGCAAAAUUCAGAAGGCUUUGGGCGAAUAUCUCGAACGGGAGCGUGUCUCUUUCCCUCGAUUCUAUUUUGUUGGUGAUGAGGACUUGCUUGAAAUCAUUGGCAACAGUAAUGACAGCACCCGUGUCGCGAAGCACUUCAAGAAGAUGUUUGCCGGGAUAUGUGGCGCAGAAGUGAAUGAUGACAAUACGAUUGCCGCCGUUACUUCGAAGGAAGGCGAAGUCGUGAAGCUGAAGAAGGAAGUUUCUCUCAUUAAACUCCCCAAAAUCAACGAUUGGCUCACGGCUCUCGACACCAGCGUUAAGCAGACUUUGGCCGAAUUGCUUGCGGAAGCGGCCACUGCCUUCAAGCCAUUGUUUACUGCGCCUGAACUAGACGUCCAGCAAUUUCAGGAGUAUAUGACUCGCUUUCCUGCUCAGAUCAUGAUUCUAGCGGCGCAAGUUGUAUGGACCGACCUUGUUCAAGGAGCACUUGAAGCUGGAGGCCAAGGACUGUCGAAACUUCACGAAUAUGAGGUGCGUCUGCUAGAUAUCCUGGCCGAGAGCGUGUUGCAAGAUCUCCCCGCCUUGACUCGAAAGAAAUGCGAGCACUUUAUCACUGAGGCUGUUCAUCAACGGGACGUUAUUGCGAAGCUCAUGAAAGCAGAAGCAAAUACACCCGGACAUUAUCUUUGGCUUCUGCAGAUGCGGUAUGUUUACGACCCCAAUGCAGACCUCAUGAAUCGCCUCCGUAUCCAAAUGGCAAACGCGGACCUGGAUUAUGGUUAUGAAUAUCUCGGUGUGCCGGAUCGCCUGGUUCGGACACCGCUCACCGAUCGAUGCUUUUUGACCCUCACACAAGCUCUUUGCCAAAGACUGGGUGGAUCACCUUAUGGUCCUGCAGGAACUGGAAAGACUGAAUCAGUAAAAGCCUUGGGACUUCAACUGGGCCGCUUCACCUUAGUCUUCUGUUGUGAUGACACCUUCGACUUCCAGGCAAUGGGUCGCAUAUUUCUAGGACUGUGUCAGGUAGGGGCUUGGGGAUGUUUUGAUGAAUUCAAUCGUCUUGAAGAGAGAAUUCUUUCGGCUGUCUCACAACAAAUUCAAAAUAUUCAAAUUGGUCUUAAAUACACCACGAACGAGCAGAAGGCGCAAAUCGACCUGGUUGGGCGUCGCUUCAAAGUCAACCCAAAUUCCGGCUUGUUCAUCACGAUGAAUCCCGGGUACGCUGGCCGUUCCAACCUGCCAGACAAUUUGAAGAAGCUGUUUAGGAGUGUUGCAAUGUCCAAGCCAGACAAGGAGUUGAUUGCUGAAGUCAUGCUUUUCUCGCAAGGCUUCAAGCAGGCCAAACAUAUUUCACACCAGAUCGUCCCAUUUUUCGACCACUGUGCGCAGCGGCUUUCGAAGCAACCUCAUUACGAUUUCGGUCUGAGAGCCCUGAAAAGUGUCUUAAUUAGCUCUGGCGGGCUUAAGAGAGUUCGGAUGCAAACGUCAGAAGGGACCAAAGGAGAUGAAAGUCUCAUCGAGCCGCAAAUCAUUGUGCAAAGCAUUCGAGAAACAGUGUCUCCAAAGCUGAUUAAACAAGACGUCGAGACUCUCAUUGAUGUGCAGGCGGAAGACUUUCCGGGCGUGGAAUAUGUCCCUGCAAACAUGACCACAUUGACCGAGGCAAUCAAACAAGUAAUGCAUGAACAGCAUCUCACCGAGAGCGAGGCCUGGAUGACGAAGAUUCUUCAGCUGUAUCAAAUCCAAAACAUCCACCAUGGUGUUAUGAUGGUUGGACAAUCCGCUUCUGGUAAAUCUGCCAUAUGGAGAGUCCUUUUACAAGCCCUGCAAAAGGUGGAAGGAGUUGAAGGAGUAUUCCAUGUGAUUGAUCCAAAGGUCAUGUCAAAGGAAGCUCUUUAUGGUAGCCUCGAUAGCACGACUCGAGAGUGGACUGAUGGCCUGUUUACGGCCAUCUUACGGAAGGUUGUUGACAAUCUUCGUGGCGAAGACAGCAAGCGCCACUGGAUCGUUUUUGACGGAGAUGUCGAUCCUGAAUGGGUUGAAAAUCUGAACAGCGUUCUUGACGACAACAAACUAUUGACGCUUCCGAACGGUGAAAGAUUGAAUCUGCCUUCAAAUGUUCGGAUCAUGUUCGAAGUCGAGAGUCUCAAAUAUGCCACCCUCGCCACGGUCAGCCGUUGUGGCAUGGUGUGGUUCUCCGAUGACACAGUAAGCCCGUCGCUCAUGAUAGAUCACUUCGUGCAGAAGCUCGCGGAUCGGACAUUUGAGGAUUUGGAUGAUGAGAUCAAAGCAGCUGGGCUCAGGACGAAAGCUCAAGAUACGCAGCGCCAUGCGGUCGAAACCCUAAGGGACUUGAUGCAGCGUGAUGAUUUUCUUCUGAAGGCACUCUCUACUGCCGCAUCUCACAAGCAUAUCAUGGAAUUCACUACGGCCAGGGCGCUUGGCAGCCUGUUCAGUCUGCUAGCCAAAGGAUGUCGCACUAUCUUGGAGUACAACAUGAAUCAUGCCGAAUUCCCGCUAGAACCGGAGCAGACGGAGGUCUUCAUUUCGAAGAAGCUUCUAUUGGCGAUUGUCUGGAGUUUCGUGGGCGAUGCGUCUCUGGGCGUCCGCAAGGAAUUCGGCGAUUUCUUGUCUUCAAUGACGACUAUCGACCUCCCCACCCUCGACAGCUCGGCUUCCCUCAUUGAUUACGAUGUGACUCUGCCCAAUGGUCAGUGGGUACCAUGGCAGGCCCAAGUUCCCACCGUCGACCUGAACACUCACUCGAUUACGCAAACUGAUGUUAUCAUACCUACGAUUGAUACAGUCCGCCAUGAGGAUGUCCUGUAUUCGUGGUUGUCGGAACACAAACCAUUGAUGUUAUGUGGUCCGCCAGGUUCUGGCAAAACAAUGACUCUCUUCAGUGCCCUUCGGAAACUUCCCGAUAUGGAGGUUGUCGGUCUCAACUUUUCCAGCGCGACACAGCCAGAGCUCGUCAUUAAGACAUUUGAGCAGUACUGCGAGUAUAAAAAGACUCUCAAUGGAAUGGUGCUUUCCCCCACCCAACUUGGUCGUUGGCUGGUCAUAUUCUGCGACGAGAUCAAUCUUCCUGCUCCCGAUAAAUACGGUACUCAGCGCGCUAUCAGUUUCCUGCGGCAGCUCGUGGAACAAAAUGGUUUUUGGCGUACCACUGAUAGAGUGUGGGUGUCUUUGGAACGUAUACAAUUCGUCGGCGCUUGCAAUCCUCCAGAAGAUGUGGGACGUCAUCCUAUGGGUGACAGAUUCUUGAGACACGCUCCCGUGGUCAUGGUCGACUACCCUGGUGAGGUCUCCUUGACCCAGAUUUACGGCACCUUCAACAACGCGGUCCUCAAGGUGGUGCCCUCAUUACGGGGAUUUGCUGAAGCUCUAACGCACGCAAUGGUCGAGUUUUACCUGAAAUCUCAAACUAGGUUUACGCCAGACAUCCAGCCUCACUAUGUCUACUCGCCCCGAGAGCUGACCCGAUGGGUUCGUGGUAUAUAUGAGGCCAUAGCGCCUCUCGAACAUCUCUCACUGGAAGGACUGAUUCGUAUUUGGGCGCACGAAGCAUUGCGACUGUUCCAAGAUCGACUUGUCGAACAAGAGGAGCGAGCCUGGACGUCUGAUAUGGUACGACAGACUGCGCUAGAACACUUCCCCACUGCCGACAUCGAUCAGGCCUUACAGGGACCCAUCCUCUUCUCUAACUGGCUUUCGAAAAAUUAUGUCUCUGUCGAGCAAGAACAAUUACGUGAAUUUGUCAAAGCGCGCCUCAAGACUUUCUGCGAGGAAGAGGUGGAUGUCCCUCUUGUGUUAUUCAAUGAUGUCCUCGAGCAUGCUUUGCGCAUUGACCGAGUUUUCCGCCAACCACAAGGCCAUCUCAUCCUAAUCGGCACUAGCGGUAGCGGCAAAACCACAUUGUCUAGGUUUGUCGCCUGGAUGAACGGCUUGACCAUAUUCCAGAUCAAGGUCCAUGGCCGCUAUUCUGCUGAAGAUUUUGAUGAUGAUUUGAGAGGGGUUCUCCGAGCGUGUGGCUGCCGAGGCCAAAAAAUAUGCUUCAUCAUGGACGAAUCCAAUGUCCUCGACUCUGGUUUCCUGGAGCGGAUGAAUACUUUGCUAGCCAAUGGAGAAGUCCCCGGUCUUUUUGAGGGAGAUGAGUACUCUGCCCUCAUGACUGCUUGCAAGGAAGGUGCCCAACGACAAGGUCUGCUUUUGGAUUCGCAAGAAGAGCUUUACAAGUGGUUCACCCAGCAAAUCGUCCGCAAUUUACAUGUCGUCUUCACAAUGAACCCGCCACAGGAUGGUCUCUCAUCGAAGGCAGCUACUAGCCCGGCCUUGUUCAACAGAUGCGUUCUCAACUGGAUGGGUGAUUGGUCGGAUCAAGCUCUCUUCCAGGUCGGGUACGAACUUACACACUCAAUCGAUCUUGACAAACCGAACUUCUCCGCUCCUGACAGUAUCCCCGUCGCGUAUCGUGGCCUAUCCCUUCCUGCCUCGCACCGCGACACGAUUAUCAACGCAAUGGUGCACAUACACUAUUCUGUCCAGAAGACCAACGAGCGCCUGGAACGUCAACAGGGCAUUGUUACUUAUCUUACUCCUCGGCAUUACCUCGACUUCGUAACACAGUUCCGCAAACUCUUCAGGGAGAAGCGCGAAGAUCUUGAAGAACAACAACGCCACCUCAACGUGGGUCUAGAUAAGCUUCGAGAUACCGUCGACAAAGUACGGGACUUGAGAGCAAGCUUGGCCCAGAAAAAGCAUCAGCUCGAGCUGAAGGAUGCCGAGGCGAAUGAAAAGCUUCAACGAAUGGUUGCAGAUCAACGAACUGCGGAGUCGCAGAAGACAACCUCCAUCGAGAUACAGACUGAACUGGAGAAACAGGAGAAAGAGAUCGCCAGCCGGAAAGAGAUCGUAUUAGAGGACCUGGCAAAGGCGGAACCCGCUGUCAUCGAAGCGCAGCGAAGCGUCAGCAACAUCAAGAGACAACAUCUCACUGAGGUCGAUAACUGGAAGGCCAUUCAAGCUGUUGUUCGACGGGACGAUUUCAUUGCAAAUAUCGUCAACUACGACAACGAGAAAGACAUGACACCAAGUCUUCGGCAAAAAAUGCGCCACGACUAUUUGUCCAACGAUGACUUCACCUUCGAGAAGGUCAACCGUGCAAGUAAAGCCUGUGGGCCUCUGGUACAGUGGGUGGAAGCUCAAGUCAAUUACUCCGAGAUUCUUGACCGUGUGGGGCCUCUCCGUGCCGAAGUUGAGCAGCUUGAAGACAAGGCUCUACAAACCAAAGCAGAAGCCAAAGCCAUCGAAAACAGAAUCGUUAAGCUAGAGGAGAGCAUUGCAACCUACAAAACGGAGUAUGCGGCCCUCAUCAGUGAAACGCAAGCAAUCAAGAGCGAAAUGGCACGAGUUCAGACGAAGGUAGAUCGCAGUCUGCGUCUACUUGACAGUCUGUCUUCCGAACGGGUCAGAUGGGAAGCAGCUAGUAAGUCGUUUGAGACUCAAAUCCAGACGCUGGUGGGAGAUGUGGUCAUUGCAUCGGCAUUCCUUGCAUAUGGAGGUCUCUACGAUCAACAAUUCAGAAAGACGAUGGUCGAUGAUUGGAUGCAUCAUAUGUCACAGUCUGGUAUAUCUUGCAAAAGCGAUGGCUCUGUCCUUGGAUAUCUGUCCUCUGCCGACGAACGCCUUCAGUGGCAGCGUCACUCUCUUCCAGCUGAUGAUUUGUGCAUGGAGAAUGCCAUCAUGCUCAAGCGCUUCAACCGCUAUCCAUUGAUCAUUGACCCACCUGGCAGGGUGACGGAAUUCCUGAAACAAGAACAUCAAGGGCGGAAGCUAACAGUAACAAGCUUUCUGGACGACGCCUUCACAAAGCAGCUUGAGAGCGCCUUGCGCUUUGGCAAUCCGAUCCUGAUUCAAGACGCAGAAUAUCUGGAUCCUAUAUUGACGCAUGUCUUGAACAAAGAAUACCAGAAGACUGGUGGGCGGGUACUUAUCCAGCUUGGCAAGCAAGAGAUCGACUUUUCAGAGCACUUCCAACUAUAUCUCUCUACUCGUGACCCAUCGGCGGCCUUUGCCCCCGACGUUUGCAGCAGGACUACCUUCAUCAAUUUCACGGUUACCCGCAGUAGUUUGCGAACACAGUCUCUGAACGAAGUUCUCAAAGCUGAGCGACCAGAUGUCGAUAAACGAAGAACAAACUUGGUCAAAAUGCAGGGAGAGUUUGACACAAACCUAAGGCAAUUGGAAAAGAGACUCUUGCAAGCUCUCAAUGAAUCUCGGGGCAAUAUUCUUGAUGAUGACAACGUCAUUCAGACCCUCGAAACACUCAAGAAGGAGGCAGCGGUCAUCACAAAGAAGGUCGCGGAAACGGAAGGCGUCAUGGCAGAAGUUGAGCGUAUCACGCAAGGCUACAGCCACAUCGCCAACGCCUGCAGUGCCAUUUUUGCCUUGCUUGAGCAGCUACACCAUCUCAAUCACGGGUAUCGAUUCUCGCUGCCAUAUUUCAUCGAUAUCUUCAACUCAGUGCUCCAUAACAACCCACAUCUCAGCAACAAGACAAAUCACGAAGAACGUGGCGAGAUCAUCCUGAAGGACAUAUUUGUUGAGACUUAUCGACGAACAUCCCUCUCUCUGUUGCAAAAGGAUCGCAUUACACUGGCCAUGCUUCUGGUCCGCGCCUCCCCAUACAGUUUUGAUCGGUCUGCAAUGGAAUUGAUACUAGAAGAUCGACCGCAUUCUCGAGGUACCGUGGCUAAUGACAAUCGCGCCGAGGACGUAUUGAUAGCCGUGAAGCGAAUUCCUAUUUUCAAGAGCGACAAGAUUGACCCGACGAGCAAGAGCUGGAUGCAGUUCCUCUCAGCUGAACGUGCUGAGCACUGUGUUCCCACGCUCUGGAACGACACUGACAAUACAAUCGACCAAAACCUUUACAAACUACUCCUUGUCAAGCUGGCCCGACCGGACAGGUUCUUGCCGGCAGCCCAAGCACUUGUCGCGAGCGUUUUUGGACCUGAAAUCUUCCAGGGUACUGAUGACCUGGCGACGAUCGUCAAUCAGGUCAACUCCUCGAUUCCGAUUGCACUCUGCUCCAAUCCUGGGUUUGACGCAAGUUACAAAGUCGAUGCCCUUGUGGAGAAGCAGAAUGCAAACUGCGCCAAUGUUGCAAUGGGCUCUGAUGAGAGCGUUGCAAGUGCCGAUAAAGCCAUCACCAGUGCAGCCGCGAACGGCACCUGGGUUUUGAUCAAGAAUGUCCACCUUGCACCGCAGUGGCUGCAGAGCCUAGAGAAGCGCCUAUCGGCUCUAAAACCGCAUAAUGACUUCAGACUAUUCCUUUCCAUGGAGUCCAGUCCGAAAAUACCCGUCAACCUACUUCAAGCCUCCAGGACUCUCGUCUAUGAACAACCAGCAGGCAUGAGAGCAAACAUGAAGGACACCUUGACCGUAGUGUCGGACCGAGGCACCCGAACCCCCGUCGAGAAGGGCAGGCUUUAUCUACUCCUCUGUUUCCUUCAUGCUGUACUCCAAGAGCGCCUUAGAUAUGCCCCAACUCUAGGCUGGAAGGGACUUUGGGAGUUCAACGACAGUGACUACGAGUGUUGCUCUUUCAUCAUCGACGUCUGGAUCGAUGCGAUUGCACAAGGAAGAUCAAAUGUUGCACCUGCCAAAUUACCUUGGGAUUUGCUUCGAACCUUGAUUACCGAGAUGUACGGUGGUAAGAUUGAUGAUGAAGGCGACUUCUCAUUACUGAGUCAAAUUGUGGGCAAGGUGUUUGAUCCUGCAGCGUACGAAAACGACCAUGAACUCGUGUCAGCUCCGCAAGAAGGCCAGGCGCUCAAAGUUCCCUCUGGGACAACAAUUCGCGACUUCAUGGGCUGGGUCGACCAGUUACCUGAGCGAGAACCCCCAGCGUAUCUGGGGCUACCUGCAGAUGCGGAGAAAUUAUUGUUGAUGGGGCAAGGAAGAGAGACGAUUGGAAAUCUUGCCAGGAUAACGGAUUUACUUGAGGAAGGAGAGCAGACCUUGUCGUAG